UACCAUUACAAGGGGUGCAGGAAACGUGCGAAGUUGUGUGUUGACGAUGGAUUUGCACUUCCGUAUUUUUUCGUGAACAAAACGCAAUAUAGGCUUUGUCUUUACUUUAGUGCUUAUCUCAUUUCCGCAACGAAAAAUCCCAUUCUUUUACGCUCUUAUUUCGUGAAGAUUCAAGCUCGAAAUUAGUUGACUUCCGUCAAUAAUCCUUUAGUAGUCUCCUCACCUCAAACAGGCCCACGGCUCGCUCGUACUCGCCGACCCCGGCCCCGGCCCCGUCGGCAACUGACGAGUUUCGUUGAGAAUCCCGACUACUAUGGGCGUGACGCUGAUUGUAAUGUAAGCGAGUUCACUAAAACUCUUGCCAAAAUGGAUUCAAGGGAAGCACUAGUAAGACAAAGAAAGAAUGUCCCCUCUGACAAGGGCAAGACGUCUGUUGAUUCUAACCAAACUGAGCCAGCUAAAAAAGAUCGAACUCAAAGGAAAGAAGACUUAAUUCAAGAUGAUGAUGCCGUCGAUGGUGUGGAUUGGAAAUGUGGGAUGGUAAUUCUGCUUCUUGUAUUUGCGAUUGUGUUUUUAGGCAGCGUGACAUUUGGAUCUAGAUUUGCCCUUCCAAUCUCUCUAUUUAGCAGAGCGAACAUUGAUCAACCAAUGGGACAAACGGAACAGAAAUCAAAUCCAACGUUUCGGGAUCAAAAACCAAGUGAAAGUCGUUCAAUUCAUCAAAGUCAUGAUGGCAGUCGGGUCUUGGAAGCUAAUGAUGAUGAAAUCUCAAUGGAUGAAAUUCUGGAGCAUUCCAAAGAUCAGAAGAUGAAUGGAGAGGCGAAAAUGAAGGAAGAUCUCCUGAAAAUCGAGUUGGACAAACCCACAAUUCUCUGGUGGACCGAUUCUUUGUUUCCCCACGCCCAUCGAGGUCACAUCUCAGAAAUCAACUGUGGAGAGCAUACUUGCCUGUCAACAAGUGAUAAAAAGGUGUUACCAGACCCGCUAACAAGAGGCAUUUUAUUCUAUGGAACAGAUUUCAGAACAUAUGAAGCACCUCUCCCGAGGAAACCGUGGCACGAGUGGGCACUCCUUCACGAAGAGUCGCCAAUGAACAAUUACGCCUUGGUUCAUGGAAUGAGACUUUUUAACCACACAGCAACUUUUAAAAGAAUAUCAGACUACCCAAUCACAACACAUUCUCUUACAAAUCUUGAAUAUUUAACUGAAAGAAAACCUGUUCCGAUUGAAGUAAAGAACAGAUUACGAAAAAAUAAAUUUGCGCCAAUUCUCUAUGUACAGUCUCAUUGUGAUGUAGCAGCAGACAGGGAUAGAUUUGUCAAGGAGCUUAUGAAACAUAUUAAGGUUGAUUCGUAUGGUGAAUGCUUGAACAACAAGAAGAUUCCUGAUCAUCUGAGCGAUCCCGUUGAUUCAAUGGAAUCUGAACAGUUUUACGAUUUCAUCUCAAAAUACAAAUUCCACCUUGCUUUUGAAAACGCCAUCUGCGAUGACUACAUCACCGAGAAGUUCUUUCGCCCGUUUCACGUCGGAUCUGUGCCGAUCUACAAGGGGUCCCCUUCAGCCCGCGAUUGGGCUCCAAGCAAGAAAUCGUUCAUCAAUGUUGACCAGUUUGACUCCCCGGAACAGCUUGCUUACUUCAUCGAACUCCUAGAUACAAACGAUGACAUUUACUUAGAUUAUUUAUCAUUCAAGGAAAGAGGCAUCACAAACGGAGCUCUGUUAGACAACAUGAAAAAUCGUGACUAUGCAAUCAAUGAGUGGAAUCGGCACAGCUUCAUCUCGGGAUUUGAGUGCCAUGUUUGCAAGAAAAUAUCUGAGAGGUACAAAGCAGAGCUAGACCCGAGUCGGCCUGCCCCGGAGAAGAAGAUGGGAGAUAACUCUCACUUGGGAUGUCCUCCACCCGAGCCAUCGGUCGGAGACAUAGCAGAUAUACCUGCAACUGAUGGGAUUCACAACUGGAUACAAGACUAUUGGGGAAUGAGAGACCAGGUGGUGGCACUGGAGGAAAUGAUCAAAAACGGCGAAAAAGACUCGUCAAAACUUUUUGAAUUCAUGGAGACAAUGUAUUAUGACGACCGUCAGCCUUGAUGAAGAAAUCAGGGGAGCGUUUCAUAAAACUGUUUGUCAGUGACAGCUGUUAUAAGCUACUGAAACCCUUGCAUCUGAUUGGCCAAGAGCAAAGUUGUCUGUGAUAUGCACUGACAAUAAGCUUCCUGAAAUGCUCCACUGAGGCGUAUGUAAAGCCUAGUGCCUUACCUAUUGAGGCGUCCGCACACCUUACGAUUGCUCUGCCACCCGAUUUCAGAAUGAAAUGUAGUAGAAUUUGAUGCUAAUAUUGAGACUUGGAAUAUCUCACGGUGUAAUGUUCUAAAUCAUUGUACGAAUAC